CACUGUGCUGCAAUCCUCCAAUCCUCUCUCCUUCCCUCCCCCCUCUCUCUCUCCUUCAGACCGCUCUUUCCCUGAGUGCAUCAGGAGCCUGCAGAGGAGCGGUGGAGGAUGACUGGCGCUAUCAGGGGCACCCUGCUCUGGCAUGCUUGGAGGACGCCACAACCCAGGAGAGGAUUUUGAGACGGAGCGAGAGAGCCUGCCAACCACUGGCCAACGCCAACACAGCACGAGAGAGAGAGAGACCGCGAGAGGAGGGGGGGGGUCCACCUUUACCAGAGAAGGAAGAAGAGCAAGGGAGAAAAAAUUAAGUGAGAGUGCAAGUGAGGAAGAAUGUGAAAGAAAGGAAAAAUACCCCAAAAGAAAGCCAGCGCAAAAAACGGAGAGACCCAAAAAAGAAAAUGGUGCAUGAAUAAUAAGGGCAACUUAACACAACCCCCCCCCCCGAUUUGACUUGACAAUCACUCUCUCCAGCCUGCUGCUCUGAAAAAAGAGGGGGAAGCAAGUGAGAGGGCUGGCCGAGGGAAGGAGAGAGGACGAAAAGAGCAAGAUGACGGAGUGAAGCGAUGGAGAGGAUCAGAUGUGUGUGAAUGAGUGAUGGUCUUGACGAAGAUCCAUACAGGAUCAAAACUGUGCCCUUCCAUUUAGCCCUCAUUAUGCUCUCCCACGCCCCGUUGGCCUGCCUCUUCCUGCUCCUCCUGUCGGGGGUGCUGGGGGGGCUGGUCCUGUCUAUCUGCCCUGCCGUGUGCUCCUGCAGCCGGGGCCACCGUGUGGUGGACUGCUCCUCACGGCACCUCUCACAGCUGCCCCCAGGCCUGCAGCAUAACAUCCGCUUCCUCAACCUCUCACACAACAGCCUUUGUGGUCUGGACGACCAGCUCAGCCACUACGCCCACCUGCGUACCCUGGACCUGUCCUAUAACCUCCUGGGUCGCUUCCCCUCCGGCCUGCCCAGGGCCCUCUGGGACAUCCGGGCCGCUGGCAACCAGCUCCGAGCCCUGGACAAGAACGACACGGCCUACCAUUGGAACCUGAGGGUACUGGACCUGUCAGCCAACGAGCUGGAGAGGGUGGUCUUCAUCAACAACACCCUACCCAGCCUACACGCCCUAAACUUGAGUCACAACCGGUUCUGGACCGUGCCCACCAACAUGCCUCAUAAUCUGGAGAUGGUGGAUUUGUCCCACAACUACCUGGUUCAGAUCCUCCUGGGAUCAUUGGACCGGCUGCCCAGGCUGAGGAGGUUCUACCUGCAUGCUAAUCGCUUCUCCUGGGUGCCGGAGGGGGUAUUUGACCGGUUGGAGGGGCUCGAGUUGUUGACACUUGGGGAUAACCCUUGGGCUUGUGAAGAGGAGGAGAACAUCACACGGCUCUUGCUCUGGGCCAAACACACCCGUGCUGCCGUGUUAGGCUGCCCCUGCUACACUAGGCCAACAUGUGGACAAGCCCAUCUGGCCACACCAGGAGGGGAGUGGCACUUUACGUCCCACACAGAGCCUCCACUGGGGGCUGAUGCCAGAGAGCUGGGCCGUGGAGACCUCACACCGGAUAGAGCUGCAGUCGUCACUUCUGGGUACUUGGCUAAGUCUGCGUUGUUGGAGCCUGGGACGUAUGGAGACAGAGGGUCUGCCAAUAGCUCGGGGGACCAGACAUCGUUUGUGUUUAUCUCCACCCCCUUGCACGGCCUCUCCACACGCACAAGCACUACAGGGCACCCGCACUCCGCCGCCAAGAAGCCUAACACAGGAGGCACGCAGAGCAGAAGCCACGGACUCCACACACCAAUCCUGUAUUCUGUAGUCACCUGGAACCUUCUAGUCACGGUGACUGCCUUCAAAGCCUUUUAAACCCACACGUUGUCAGUACUAGAGUCAAGUCUUGAUGGAUUUUGGAGAGGGCUAACCCUAUGUACGUAUAACCCAGAAUGUAAAAGGGAGAGAUUUGUUAUUGUUUUUAUUUUAAAGAACAACUUUCAACUGUUACUGCCUAAAUGUGUAUCCUCUCUCAUCUUCCAACCAUUUGACCAACAUCUACAGAGUGAAGUUGUGCUGUAUGGCUACAUCUUUCAAACUUGCAUACAAAUAAUAUCUAGGCAAAUGUAUACACAUAGUGCUUCGGAAAGUAUUCAGACCCCUUCCUUUUUACACAUUUUGUUAUGUUUCAGCCUUAUUAUAAAAUGCAUUAAAUAAAUAAAAAUCCUCAUCAAUCUACACAAAAUACCCCAUAAUGACAGAGCAAAAUCAGGUUUUUAGAAAUGUUUGUUAAUUUAUUAAAUAUGAAAAACAGAAAUACCUUAUUUACAUAAGUAUUCAGACCCUUGGCUAUGAGAAUGGAAAUUGAGCUCAGGUGCAUCCUGUUUCCAUUGAUCGUCCUGGAGAUGUUUCUACAACUUGAAUGGAAUCUUACUGGGGUCAAUUCAAUUGAUUGGACUAUAUACGGUCCCACAGUUGACAGUGCAUGUCAGAGCAAAAACCAAACCAUGAAGUUGAAGGAAUUGUCCCUAGAGCUCCAAGACACGAUUGUGUUGAGGCACAGAUCUGGGGAAGGGUACCCAAACAUUUCUGCAGCAUUGAAGGUCCCCAAAAACACAGUGGCCUCCAUCAUUCUUAAAUGGAAAAAGUUUUGAAUCACCAAAACUCUUCCGAGAGGUGGCCACCCUGCCAAACUGAGCAAUCGGGGGAGAAGGGCCUUGGUCAGGGAUGUGACCAAGAACCUGAUGGUCACUUUGACAGAGCUCUAGCGUUCCUCUGUGGAGGUGGGAGAACCUUCCAUAAGAACAACCAUCUCUGCAGCACUCGACCAAUCAGGCCUUUAUGGUAGAGUGGCCAGACGGAAGCCACUCCUCAGUAAAACAGGGACAUGAAAGCCCGCUGGGAGUUUGCCAUAAAGCACCUAAGGGCCUCUUAGACAAUGAAAAACAAGAUUCUCUGGUCUGAUGAUUCUCUGGUCUGAUGAAACUACGAUUGCGUUACGUCUGGAGGAAACCUGGCACCAUCCCUACGGAGCAUGGUGGUGGCAGCAUCAUGCUGUGGGGAUGUUUUUCAGCAGCAGGGACUGGGAGACUAGUCAGGAUCGAGGGAAAGAUGGAGCAAAGUAAAGAGAGAUCCUUGAUGAAAACCUGCUCCAGAGCGCUCAGGACCUCAGACUGGGGGGGAAGGUUCACCUUCCAACAGGACAACGACCCUAACCGUACAGUCAAGACAACGAAGGAGUGGCUUCGGGACAAUUCUCUGGAUGUCCUCAAGUGGCCCAGCCAGAGCCCAGAUUUGAACCAGAUCAAACAUCUCUGGUGAGACCUGAAAACAGAUGUGCAGCAACACUCCCCAUCCAACCUGACAGAGCUUGAGAGGAUCUGCAGAGAUGAAUGGGGGAAAACUCCCCAAAUACAGGUGUGCCAAGCUUGUACCGUCAAACCCAAGAAGACUCUAGGCUGUAAUCGCUGCCAAAGGUGCUUCAACAAAGUACUGAGUAAAGAGUCUUAUGUGAGAUAUAUAUACACACAAACCUGUUUUUGCUUUGCUUUGUCAUUAUGGGGUAGUGUGUGUAGAAUGAUGAAACAAUUUAAUCAAUUUUAGAAUAAGGCUGUAAACUAACUAAAUGUGGAAAAAGUAAAAGGGGUCUGAAUAUAUCUCGAAUGCAUUGUACAUGACUAAUAAUACUCUAUCGGUGUGGAAAGAUGAAUGCUCUACUCUAUGUAGUCUAUACUGCUUGUCCGUUCUGUUGACAGAUGCUGCGUUUUAUGGUUUCUAUGAUAUAAAGAAAAGGAAAACA